CCAUUAAUCUUAUCCAAAAUAUAUAAACUCGUUACAGUCUCAUGAAACGUAGAGAGGCAGAAAACGAUGAGCUCACAGCUCUUAUCUUUCAUACCUCUACACCCCAUAACCAACACCAUAACGCCGCCACUUCCACCACCACCGCCACCAACUCCGUCUCGACUCCGCCCUCCAAUCGCAACCCCAAAAUCACAAACCUUUCACACCCUUUCCCAACGAACCCACAUUCCUUCUCAUGUCUACAAGCACCCUGCAGCCAUCCUCCUCGAGCUCUGCACUUCCGUGCAAGAACUCAAUCAAAUCAUCCCCCUCAUCAUCAAGAACGGUCUCUACAACGAGCACUUGUUCCAGACUAAGCUUGUCAGCUUGUUCUGCAACUAUGGCUGCCCCAAUGAGGCCGCUCGGGUUUUCGACACCGUUGAGGACAAACUCGAGGUCUUUUACCACACUCUGCUCAAAGGGUAUGCCAAGAACUCGUCUUUAGGUGACGCCUUUUCGUUCUUUUGUCGAAUGAAGUAUGAUGGUGUUAAACCUGUUGUGUAUAAUUUUACAUAUUUGUUGAAAGUUUGUGGUGACAAUGCUGAUCUUAGGAGGGGAAAAGAGAUUCAUGGGGAUCUAAUUAGUAGUGGGUUUGCCUCAAAUUUGUUUGCGAUGACCGCGGUUGUGAAUCUGUAUGCGAAAUGUAGGCAGGUUGAUGAGGCAUAUAAGAUGUUUGAUAGAAUGCCUGAGAGAGACUUGGUUUCUUGGAAUACCAUUGUUGCUGGUUAUGCCCAAAAUGGGUUGGCAAAGAUAGCUAUGGAGUUGGUUAUACGGAUGCAGGAGGAAGGUCAGAAGCCUGAUCCGAUCACGUUGGUCACCCUUUUGCCUGCUGUUGCUGAUUUUGGGUCUUUGAUAAUUGGAAAAUCAAUUCAUGCGUAUGUUGUAAGAGCUGGUUUCGAAUCGCAUGUAAACCUUUCUACUGCUCUUGUAGACAUGUAUUCAAAAUGUGGAUCGGUGGGGACUGCUCGGUUGAUUUUCAAUAGGAUGAAGCACAAGACUGUUGUUUCUUGGAAUUCCAUGAUAGACGGGUACGUACAAAAUGAGGACCCCAAGGAGGCAAUGGAGGUUUUCCAGAAGAUGUUGGAUCAAGGCUUUGAACCAACAAAUGUUACUAUAAUGGAAGCUUUGCAUGCUUGUGCUGAUUUGGGAGAUCUUGAGCGAGGAAUGUUCGUGCAUAAAUUAUUGGAUCAGAUGAAACUCGGAUCUGAUGUUUCGGUCAUGAACUCUUUGAUAUCCAUGUAUUCGAAGUGUAAGCGAGUUGACAUUGCUGCAAAAAUAUUUAACAAGUUGCAGGGUAAGACCCCAGUCUCAUGGAAUGCCAUGAUAUUAGGUUAUGCGCAGAAUGGGCGCGUCAGCGAGGCUUUAAGUCACUUUUGCGAGAUGCAUUCGCAAAAUAUAAAACCAGAUUCAUUUACAAUGGUGAGUGUCAUCCCUGCUAUCGCGGAGCUAUCAGUUACACGACAGGCUAAGUGGAUUCAUGGACUUGUAAUAAGAAAAUGUUUUGACAAAAACGUUUUUGUGAUGACUGCCCUUGUUGACAUGUAUGCAAAAUGUGGAGCUGUGCACACUGCGAGAAAACUUUUUGACAUGAUGGAUGAGCGGCAUGUGACGACAUGGAACGCUAUGAUUGAUGGAUAUGGAACAAAUGGGCUCGGAAAAGCUGCUGUGAAUCUGUUCAAUGAAAUGAAAAAAGGAGCAAUAAAGCCAAAUGAUAUAACGUUCCUAUGUGUGAUCUCUGCUUGCAGUCACUCGGGUUUAGUGGAAGAGGGUCUACAAUACUUUGCAAGCCUGAAAGAAGAUUAUGGCUUGGAGCCUGCAAUGGAUCACUACGGGGCCAUGGUUGAUCUCCUUGGUCGAGCUGGCCGGCUAAAUGAGGCUUGGGAUUUUAUUCAAAAUAUGCCUAUGGAGCCUGGUAUCACCGUCUUCGGAGCCAUGUUGGGGGCUUGCAGAAUUCAUAAAAAUAUAGAGUUGGGGGAAAAGGCAGCAGAUAAGAUAUUUGAGUUAAAUCCUGCGGAUGGCGGGUAUCAUGUUUUGCUUGCUAACAUAUAUCAAACAGCUUCAUUGUGGGACAAAGUGGCCAAAGUGCGAACGAUGAUGGAGAAGAAAGGGCUCCAGAAAACCCCAGGCUGCAGUUUAGUGGAUUUGAAGAACGAGGUUCACACUUUCUAUUCCGGAAGCACAAGCCAUCCCCAAUCCAAAAGAAUCUAUACUUUUCUGGACACACUGGGAGAUGAGAUCAAGGCGGCUGGUUAUGUGCCGGACACCAAUUCAAUUCAUGAUGUGGAAGCUGAUGUUAAGGAGCAGUUGCUCAAUAGCCACAGUGAGAAGCUGGCUAUUGCGUUUGGGCUCUUGAACACUACUCCUGGUGCCACCAUACACAUUCGGAAGAAUUUACGAGUUUGCGGAGAUUGCCAUAACGCAACCAAGUACAUUUCCCUUGUAACUAGACGGGAGAUCAUCGUUCGUGAUAUGCACCGGUUCCAUCAUUUCAAGAAUGGAACAUGUUCGUGUGGCGAUUAUUGGUGAUUAUAUCUUUGUUCGUUUUAUAUUUUGGCAGUUGUGUACUUGCCACUUUCCUGUUGUUUUAACGGGCUAAAUUGCCAUCCCUGUCUGGACCGAAGAAUUCUCCUGUUGCAGCCUCGGGGAACUUUUAGGGAACAAAAUUAAGAGAUAAGGAAAACAGUAAUGUUAAAAAUGUUA